AUGUCCAACAAGCAAAUCCUUCAUUCCGAGGUGAUUCUCGAGAAGUUUGGGAAAUCCCUCGCUGGUAAAACAGUCCUCAUCACCGGCGUCUCGAACGAAUCCAUCGCCGGAGAACUCGCCAUUCAACUAGCUGGCGCCGACCCAAAGCUGCUUAUCCUCAGUGCUCGGGCUGAGUCCAAGGUGACCCCGAUCAUCCACCAGAUCAAGGAGACCAAGCCCAAAGUCGAAACCCGCUUCCUCAACAUGGAUUUGUCAGACCUGGGCGCUAUCCGCCAGGCCGUCACCAAGGAUCUCGCCGACGUCUUCAAGAUUGACCACGUUGCCUGUGUGGCGGGUGUGAUGAUGUGCCCCUACGGUAAGACAAAUGAUGGUUUUGAGACGCAAUUCGGAGUGAACCACUUGGCGAACUUCCUCUUGGUCAAGCUUCUUCUGCCUAAGAUUGAGGCUGCAGGCCCCACGUCGUCUGUCAUUAUUGUGGCUAGCUCUGCUGUUCGGAAUGGGAAGGUGAACUUUGAUGACAUUUGGUUUAGCGAGGGCAAUACAUAUGAGCCCUACACUGCAUAUGGUCAAUCGAAUGCCGCGCGGGUUAUGUUCGCUAAGCGGCUGGGCGAAAAGCUCAAGAGUCAUGGGAUCAGGGUCUUUAGCAUUGAUCCAGGGGCGGUCCAGUCUGGACUUCAAAGACAUUUCACCGAUGAUUUCAAGGCGCAGGUUGCGGAAAUGAGGAACAAUGGUCAUCUGGUCGACCUAGAUGGAAAGAAAUUCGACUUUCCUCCCUGGACUACCCGUUCGGAGGGUGCUGCCACCAUCAUCACGGGCAUGAUCGACCCCAGGAUCGCCGAUGCAACCGGUGCCUUCCUGAGCCAAAAUGCCGUCGCCAACGACGACCUGCACACGCACAUUAGCGACGAGGCAAACUGGACCCGUCUCUGGGCGCUAAGCGAGGAGUUCAUCGGAGAGAAGUAUUAG